AUGUCGUCCGCGGCCGAGCCUCCGCCACCCCCGCCUCCCGAGAGCGCGCCUUCCAAAUCUGCAGCCUCGGCCGCCAGCGGCGGGAGUAUCAACAGCAACAAAGGCAGCGCGGAGGGCGGUGCAUCCCAAGCGCCUUUCUCUGCGGUCAGCGCCGGCUCGGCGGAUGCCGAGAUGGAGGAAGUAUUUGAUGAUGCAUCACCAGGAAAGCAGAAAGAAGUCCAGGAACCAGAUCCAACUUAUGAAGAAAAAAUGCAAACUGACCGGGCAAAUAGAUUUGAGUAUUUAUUAAAGCAGACAGAGCUGUUUGCACAUUUCAUUCAACCUGCUGCUCAGAAGACUCCAACUUCACCUCUGAAGAUGAAACCAGGACGCCCAAGAAUAAAAAAGGAUGAGAAACAGAACUUGCUGUCAGUUGAUGUAAAGUGGGGUAAAUUGAGAGAUUAUCAGGUCCGAGGAUUAAAUUGGCUCAUCUCUUUAUAUGAGAAUGGCAUCAAUGGUAUCCUUGCAGAUGAAAUGGGUCUAGGAAAGACUCUUCAAACAAUUUCUCUUCUUGGAUACAUGAAACACUAUAGAAACAUUCCUGGUCCACAUAUGGUUUUGGUUCCUAAGUCUACAUUACACAACUGGAUGAGUGAGUUCAAGAGAUGGGUGCCAACACUAAGAUCUGUUUGUUUGAUAGGAGAUAAAGAACAAAGAGCUGCUUUUGUCAGAGACGUUUUAUUACCAGGAGAAUGGGAUGUAUGUGUAACAUCUUAUGAGAUGCUUAUUAAAGAGAAGUCUGUGUUUAAAAAAUUUAAUUGGAGGUACUUAGUUAUAGAUGAAGCUCACAGGAUCAAAAAUGAAAAAUCUAAGUUGUCAGAAAUAGUGAGGGAAUUCAAGACUACAAAUAGACUAUUAUUAACUGGAACACCUCUUCAGAAUAAUUUGCAUGAGCUCUGGUCACUUCUUAACUUUCUGUUGCCAGAUGUAUUUAACUCAGCUGAUGAUUUUGAUUCCUGGUUUGAUACAAACAACUGCCUUGGGGAUCAAAAGCUAGUUGAGAGGCUUCAUAUGGUUUUACGUCCAUUUCUCCUUCGUCGAAUUAAGGCUGAUGUUGAAAAAAGUUUGCCUCCAAAGAAGGAAGUAAAAAUCUAUGUGGGUCUCAGCAAAAUGCAGAGAGAAUGGUACACCCGGAUUUUAAUGAAGGAUAUAGAUAUAUUGAACUCUGCAGGAAAGAUGGACAAAAUGAGGCUGUUGAACAUCCUGAUGCAGUUGAGGAAAUGCUGCAAUCAUCCUUAUCUCUUUGAUGGAGCUGAACCUGGCCCACCGUAUACAACAGAUAUGCAUCUAGUUACCAACAGUGGCAAAAUGGUGGUAUUAGACAAGCUGCUCCCCAAAUUGAAAGAACAAGGUUCACGGGUACUAAUCUUCAGUCAGAUGACAAGAGUGUUGGAUAUUUUAGAAGAUUACUGCAUGUGGAGGAAUUAUGAGUAUUGCAGAUUAGAUGGGCAAACACCCCAUGAUGAGAGACAAGACUCCAUCAAUGCAUAUAAUGAACCAAACAGCACAAAAUUUGUUUUCAUGCUAAGCACGCGUGCUGGUGGUCUUGGCAUCAAUCUUGCUACUGCUGAUGUUGUAAUUUUGUAUGAUUCAGAUUGGAAUCCUCAAGUAGAUCUUCAGGCUAUGGACCGAGCACAUAGAAUUGGACAAACCAAGACAGUCAGAGUGUUUCGAUUUAUCACUGACAACACAGUUGAAGAAAGAAUAGUGGAACGUGCUGAGAUGAAGCUUAGACUGGAUUCAAUAGUCAUUCAACAAGGCAGACUUGUGGAUCAGAAUCUAAACAAAAUUGGUAAAGAUGAAAUGCUUCAAAUGAUUCGACAUGGGGCAACACAUGUAUUUGCUUCAAAGGAAAGUGAGAUUACUGAUGAAGAUAUUGAUGGCAUUUUGGAAAGAGGUGCAAAGAAGACUGCGGAGAUGAAUGAAAAGCUCUCCAAGAUGGGUGAAAGCUCACUUAGAAACUUUACAAUGGAUACGGAAUCAAGUGUUUAUAACUUUGAAGGAGAAGACUACAGAGAAAAACAAAAGAUUGCAUUCACAGAGUGGAUUGAACCUCCUAAACGAGAAAGAAAAGCCAACUAUGCUGUUGAUGCAUAUUUCAGGGAAGCUCUACGUGUCAGUGAACCUAAAGCACCUAAGGCUCCUCGACCUCCAAAACAGCCCAAUGUCCAGGAUUUCCAGUUCUUUCCUCCACGCUUAUUUGAAUUAUUGGAAAAAGAAAUUUUGUAUUACAGAAAAACUAUUGGGUACAAGGUCCCUAGAAAUCCUGACCUACCAAAUGCAGCACAGGCACAAAAAGAAGAACAGCUUAAAAUUGAUGAAGCUGAACCUCUUAAUGAUGAAGAAUUAGAGGAAAAAGAGAAGCUUCUAACACAGGGGUUUACCAAUUGGAAUAAGAGAGAUUUUAACCAGUUUAUCAAAGCUAAUGAGAAGUGGGGUCGUGAUGAUAUUGAAAAUAUAGCAAGAGAAGUAGAAGGGAAGACUCCAGAGGAAGUCAUUGAGUACUCAGCUGUAUUUUGGGAAAGAUGUAAUGAACUCCAGGACAUCGAGAAGAUUAUGGCUCAGAUUGAAAGGGGAGAGGCAAGAAUUCAGAGAAGAAUUAGUAUCAAGAAAGCACUUGACACAAAGAUUGGACGGUACAAAGCACCUUUUCAUCAGCUGAGAAUAUCAUAUGGUACUAACAAAGGGAAAAACUAUACUGAAGAAGAGGAUCGUUUUCUGAUUUGUAUGCUUCACAAGCUUGGAUUCGACAAAGAAAAUGUUUAUGAUGAAUUGCGACAAUGUAUUCGUAACUCUCCUCAGUUCAGAUUUGACUGGUUUCUUAAGUCCAGAACUGCAAUGGAGCUCCAGAGGCGCUGUAACACCUUAAUUACCUUGAUUGAAAGAGAAAACAUGGAACUAGAAGAAAAAGAGAAGGCAGAGAAAAAGAAACGAGGACCAAAGCCUACAACACAGAAACGUAAAAUGGAUGGAGCCCCAGAUGGUCGAGGAAGGAAAAAAAAGCUGAAACUAUGA